CACCAACAGGGUGGAAGUGUGGAAUUGUGAUGUGGACCACACCUGCACAUCAGGCUACCCCAAGGUUGUUACAGUUGUUGAUGCGAGAGAUGUAGACGAGUGGUUCUUAACCUUUUUGGAGUCAUGGACCCUAUUGAAAGUCUUGUGAAAGCUACGGAUCCCUCCCAAGUAAAAUGCAUAAUGGAGAAGGGAUGGAACGCUUGUGGUCGUAUCUGAGACGUUUCAACCGCAUCACAAAAGAAAUGACCCCCGACCAUCAUCGUGUGGCACUACUAGAUGAUGCUUUGCUUCACUACUCAGAAUACCUCAGGAACCAAAUGGGAGAAACGCUGAUGCAUCGCUACAUAAAAGCGCAGACAACCGGGAGUAACUGUGAUCAGGAACUUGAGCAGCUAACGUCAAGCUUGUCAGUUUUGAUUUACAACGAGCACAGUUGCAGAGUGAUUUCGACAAUGCUGAGAGCGAGAAUGAGCACCUCUCCUUGCAGAUUAAACAAGCUAGCUCAUGCCAGCAGAAAGCCUAUGGCAAGGCUGCCAUACGAGCUGGUCGAUGCUGGCAUCAUCGGUUGCGAAGGACUACCACCUGGGGUGCUCCUUAAGAGAGCAAGCAACUACGGCCAUAGAUGCUUGGAGAGAAUCUUGGUUGAAUCCGAGAAAAUCAAGUUUGUAAUCUUUCCUCAUGGUGCAAGUGGAGCUGCCACUACCUCACAGUGAUUACCUCACAGUGAAGACUUUUAGUUGGGGAUUCGCAUCCAUGUUCUUUAGAUGGAAGACACUUACUUGUGUUUUCCCAGGAUUGGCACGUAGAUGGUUUGCAGUGUAGUAAGUGGUUAGACUAGCAGAGGAUGCUUCAUUGUGGAAGGCCAUUCUUCUGUCUAAGCCAUCUGCUGCAGUUACCAUUGAGAUCCACGAGAAACCGCCUGUUUGCCAACAGGUUCUUGAUCAGAUUUGUCAGUCUCACAUCCUUUACUUGCUGGUAUAGUUUUUUUGGUAAGGGGUCGAUGGUUGACUGCGUCGUAAGCUGUGGAGAAGUAAAAUGCUAUAGUGUGUAAAUUGUUAAGUAAAUACAUACAUCGAUUAUUUUGUGUGUAUGUUAUUAAUGUUCUUGUAUUAGCUGUAAGGGUAUAUCUCGUCUUGGUUUUUGUACUAACCAUAGCAAUUAUUGCCUUAAAAUCUGUGUUCAUGUGGAUAUAAAAUAUGUAUGCUUUAAAUCUGUGCAUAUAAGUUGUAUUGUUUUUGCAGUUGCCAGAAGCAAAAGUGUUAUUAUUUCAACAAGUGCGCUCAACGCUAAGAAGUUUCAAUUUAACUUGUUGGAUGUUUCUGACUAUUAUAAUUAUAUAUGCAGACACCUUACUUACUGAGAUGUCAAAACAUCUUCUUAAAAUAUAACCUAGCUGUGAUCUCGUGAAUAAUCUGUACGUUGAUGUUAGUUGUAGAUAGUUAUAGAUGUAACUUGUGCCAGUCAUAUAGUUUUUUUAACUGCUUGAGGAGAACUUAAUUGCUGUAAAAUGUUACAAUAAGUAAAUUGAUUAAUAAACUUUUAUCUGUGAAAAACAUUGCCAUUCUAUCAAUACACUUAUGUUCAGCUAAAGA